AUGGUAUCGGCUCGGAAGGGGGGAAUAUACGGCUCUUCUCUUCUGAUAGCCUCGAGUGAUGUCUAUGAAUCGCUAUAUAACGAUUUCUACUUUAAGUUCUAUUUGAAUGCAAAUUAUACCAUUGGCGAAAACAAGAUGCGAUGCCUAAAGUUUGGGCGCCAGUGGGCUUAUGGUCCAGCUAAGAAAGAGAUCACUGGCCAAUUCCAUCCGUACGCGGGUGACGCCUAUUAUAAGGUGCAGGUCAACAAACGUCAUUGGUUGGAGAAUAGGCACUACGAGAGCUGCACGGCCAGGAUGUACGGGACUGCCCCCUGUAUAGUGCACGGCACCGACGCCCACGACCCCGCCGACGAUCAGUUCUACCUGAAAUUCUAUCUAAGAGCCAAAUAUACUCAGGGGGCUAACGAAUUCCGCUGCGUGCACUUCCAUGACCCGAUUCAUUUUGGCGCUGAUCGGAGGGCAAACAUUACCGGCAACUACUAC